CUGAAAGCUGACGUGGUUCCAAAGACAGCAGAAAACUUUAGAGCUCUUUGUACUGGUGAAAAAGGAUUUGGGUAUAAAGGAUCCACUUUUCACAGAGUGAUUCCUUCAUUUAUGUGCCAGGGUGGUGACUUUACAAAUCAUAAUGGAACCGGUGGAAAAUCUAUUUAUGGCAGUAGAUUUCCAGAUGAAAAUUUCAUACUUAAGCAUGUAGGACCUGGUGUUCUUUCAAUGGCCAAUGCAGGACCCAAUACCAAUGGAUCUCAGUUCUUCAUCUGCACUGCAAAAACUGACUGGCUAGAUGGAAAACAUGUUGUUUUUGGGCAUGUAAAGGAAGGAAUGGAUGUCGUGAAAAAAAUUGAGAGCUUUGGUUCCAAGAGUGGAAAGACCUCCAAAAAGAUUGUCAUUACUGACUGUGGCCAGCUGUCCUAGCCUUUUGCCUUGUCAGUCAGGAGAACUUCGAUGCUGUGAAAAAUGAAUCAUAAAAAACCCCAAACAUUUCUGGUCCCAUGAGUAGCACCUGUAGAACUGUAUUUCCUAUUUAACUUGGUCCAGCUUUUAUACUUAUAUUUAAUAAUAUUGAUUAAAAGCAUAAACCAAUACUGAAACAUGUUUUAACUGAG